UAUUAUCUUAAUUUGUAGUCACUGCAGUUCUCCACUAAAUCACAUUUUACGGCUGCUGCAUUCGAGCAUCUAACAAUUUAGAGUUUAUUUUUUAACUCGUUCAAAUUUUAUUGCAUAGACCGUGAUUCGUGUAAGACAGUUAUGGCUAACAGUAAUAGUGCUGAAACAAACGAUGUAUUCCAAGAAUUGGACGUCGACCGAUUAGAAGUAAACGUAAUCGAGAGUUUGUGCUUUAGUUGUGGAAAGAAUGGUACCACACGACUCUUGUUGACACGCAUUCCAUAUUACAAAGAAUUGGUAAUAUCAUCAUUUGAUUGUCCACACUGCAAUUAUAAAAAUAAUCAGUUGGAUCCAGCAAUUGAAAUUAAGCCACAAGGUGUCCGUAUGUCUUUAAACAUUGAAAACAAAGAAGAUUUGGAUAGGUAUGUGAUUACAACGGACUACACAAGUAUACAAGUGCUUGAUUUAGACUUUGAAAUACCACCAAUGUCACAACGAUCACAAGUAACUACUGUUGAAGGCAUAAUUGCUAAGACGGUUACAAAUUUAAGUGAACAAAAAAAAGUUAUUGAUCUAACACACCCUGAAAUAGCAUCAAAGAUGGAAGUUGUAAUUAAUGGAUUGAUUGGUAUUAAAAAUCUAACCAAGCCCAUUCCAAUGAUGGUUUUUGAAGAUGCAACUGGGAAUAUAUUUGUUUCAAAUCCUGUUGCGCCCCAGGCUGAUCCCAGAAUGAAAACAGAAAUGUUUACUCGUGACAGUGCCCAGGAUGAAAUGAUCGGAUUAUCAGCAGAACAAAACACAACCAAUGAACAGUCAAUUAUCAAACCAUUAGGCACUUUUAAUGAUUCAUCUGUUAACAAUAUGAAUGAUGAGAUUGUUCAAUUUAGUGACCCAUGUCCAAAUUGUCAGUCGAUUUGUGAAACUAAUAUGAAAGUGACAGAUAUUCCAUACUUCAAACAAGUUGUGAUUAUGGCUACUACGUGUGAAGAAUGUGGCUAUCGUACUAAUGAGGUUAAACCAGGAGGUGGUGUUGAAAAGCAAGGAUUACAAAUUACUGUUAAAGUAUCGGCUCCGGAAGAUUUGAAUAGGGAUAUAUUGAAGUCAGAAACAUGUUGUCUUCGUAUUCCACAAUUGGAUUUUGAAGCUGGUGCACUUUCGUUGAGUGGUCGCUUCACUACUAUUGAAGGUCUCAUAACAUCAUUAUAUGAACAGUUAAAGGAUACUGCUACGGCAUUUUAUUCUGGUGACAGUCAGUCUGGAGGUGUUCUAGCCAAAACAGAAAUAUUUUUAGAAAAACUGAACAACAUUAAAACUUGUAAAAUGCCAGUAGAUAUUAUACUCAUUGAUCCGGCAGGAAAUAGUUAUGUCCAGAGCUUAACACCUCCAGAUUUGGAUCCGAAACUUACAAUCAUGCGGUUUGAUAGAACUGAUGAACAGAAUGAAGAGCUGGGAUUAAAUGAUAUGAAAGUUGAUGGUUAUGAAUAAAUUUAUAUAAUAAUAUUCGAUUAAACACCUAAAUGGCAAUUUUUACAUAUUAGUAAUGAAAAUAAUAUACAAGACAUUGUUUGAUAUCAAAUUAUAAAAUAUAAGGUAUUAUUAUUUAUAUUAUAUUAUUUUUAAAUAAAUAUACAUAUAUAUCUAAUUAAUUCAGUGGAUCUUAAACUUUUGUUGAAUAUGGAUUCCUGGCUUUUAGAAAUUGCAAAUCCCUUACCAAUUUUCUAUCAAAUUACUUAUUUAUUAUACAAAAUAUCUCUUGUUAUCAAAAUCAAUAUUUAAAUAUUGAUGACGCCACUGAUCCUCAGUAUUGGGAAUCACCAGCGGCUGUAAACCACAGCUUAAGAACCACAAUAACAAAUUAUAUAGGUAUGUCAGAUAUAUACCAGUUUUGAAACAAAUCGCGCAGCCUUAUUCGGUGACUUAAGCAUUUCUCCGUUUCUCAUUGGUCCACCACCACCACUCUACUGCACAACCAGUUGGAGAAAUGCUUAUGUCCCGGACAUGCGUAUCACGAGUUGCUGAUAUACCUUUUUAAUUUGUCAUAAGAAUCACUGUAUUAAUUGAAACAUAACCAGUUAUAGCAAAGUAACUAACCUUGGUUAUGUUUCAUAUGGGAGAGAGGGACUUUAUUGCAAGCAAACUUUAAGGACCCCACACUCAGUAUCAUCUUCUAUUCUCAUAAUUACAAUAAAGUAUCUGUGUAUCAAAAAGACAACAUAAUAUUUUUUUUUAAUGUUAUAACUACCUGUUUAAUAUUAAUGAUAAUUUUUAUUUUUUAUAUAUUAAUUAAAUUUAACAAUAACUAUUUGUUUGUGGUGUUCAUUGUUUCAAAAUCCAUAUUUAUUUAAAAUGACCUCACUGUUAAUUGUGGGCUAUGAUGGAUACUAUAUACAAUUAAAAAGUUUAUAGAAAUAUGACUAUAUGUUAUGUAUAAAUGUAUAGUACUUAAUGUAAUAAUUAUUAAGUUGAUUUUAUUUAUAUCAGAGAAUAUAAUACAGUCGAACGUAGUUAACUCAUAGUUGAAGGGACCGGCCAGAAAGUUAGAGUUAACCAAGGAUAAUACAAUUAUAGGAAAUUCUAGGGACCAGGGAAAAAGUUUGUAGUAUCGACAGUUUUGAGUUAAUCUCGUUCAAUUGUGUUGUUCUCCAAGUUGUUUUUCGCUGUUACCGUUUUUAAAUAUAAAUGUACAAAUUGUUUAUAGUUGAUUUUUAUGUUAAAUAAAUAAAUGGUUUAGUAAAAGAGCACUAAUCACAAAAAAUAAGUUUUUUAAUUUGAAAGAAUAUUGAAUUCUAAGAAAAAUUGUGUAAGUUUAACGUUUCUACACGCAUUAUUCAAUGACAAAAUUACUCAAUAAGUAUAGACAAGUUGCUUGUUGUAAUUGCCUAUCUUAUAUGUGUAAGAGUUGUUUGCUUCACACAAUAAUUUACUUACCUCUAAAGUAUAUUUUCAAAUUUUUGUUUUAUGUAUUUUAUAGGUUUUUAUGCACUAUAAUCAGUAAUGGGACUAGAAUUUAUCUAAAAUGUUUAGAUUAUUUGAAAUAUUUAAAAUCUUAUUAAAUUAAUUUUUGUUAUGUAUGCCUUAGUCAUUCACCACAACACUACAUGGCGUAACCAUUAUCUCUAAGUAUUUUAAAUAAUAUUUAAACAUUUUUUUGAAAUUUUGAUACUUCUAUAGUUGUUCACACAAAAAUGCACACUUUUAUACCUAUAUCCAACAUCAUAAAUACAAUUUUUAGAUGGGCAUUUCAAUGACGAAAUAGAAGAAUUAAAAAUUUGAAGAAAACAUUUUCUUUUGUUCUGGAUUCCUUUAAAAUGUAAAAUAUCAAUGUUCCCCCACCCAAAAAAAAAAAUCAAAGAGAAUUUUACAAAUAUUUCUAAUCAAUACUUCUUAGUCUUUAGUACCUUUAUAAUAAAAAAGAUGGUCGGGAGGUGCACCAGGAUAAAUCUGCUUAUAGCAAACCGUUAAUUGACUAUUUGAAAAUAUGGUAGAUUCAUAACAGUACAGUAUGAACAAACAAAUUUGUAUAAUAGAGAUCAGCACUUACAUGCAUGAUUAUUAUUAUUGUUGUAAUUAGCGGUCUAAGACACAUAAUGUUUUUAUUAAAUUUCAAAGAUGAAAGAAAAUGAUAACACAAUAUUAUUUAAACUAUACUUUAUUUUAAUUGUGAUAUUCUGCAUAGAUUGUGUUUAACGGGUAAAAGUAGUUUUUUUUUCGUUAUAAAUAUUUCAAGGUAAAAUGUAAAUUUAAGUCUUGAAAUUGUUUAUAAUAUUGGCACAUUCUCAAAAUAUUAAUUCAUUUUUUUUGUCACAAAAUAGUAUUGAAGUAAUUUGUAAAUUACAUUAACAUACAACAUUAGGCAAGCUAUUAAUAUUUAACCAGGCAACGUUACGGCUUAUUUGUGUUGGACAUAUCUGACCAUCUAAUGUAGAUCAUAAACAAAAAGCUUACUGAAUAACAUAUCUAACGAACAUUUAAAAUUCAUAAUCAAACAACUUGUUUAUAUUGUUUAUGUUUGUGUGUCACUCAGUGACAACGGUACCUAAUUAAACUUAUUUGUUCUUAUACAUAUUCUAUUUUGGUGAUUUU